AUGGCCGAGUCGUCGCCUUUGCUAGCGUCCUUUCAGGAGGAUCACGACCAGUUCCCCAGCAUUCUGCAGGGCAAAAAGGUCCUACUGGCCACCGAAUCCUGGGGUCCUGUCAACGGCGUCAGUCGCACCACUCGCAGUCUGGUUGAGUACCUGCGCGAGCAUGGCGUGGAGCUGAUUCUCGUCGCGCCGCAUUUCAAAGGCGACACCGCGAAACAAAAGGUACCCUGGGAGCAUCGCCUGCCCGGGUGCGCCCUGCCCUACAACCCGGACUUGACCGUGGUGUAUCCGUUCCAAAUCAACCAGGUCUACCAGCAGACCUUCAAGCCCGAUAUCAUCUACCUGGCGAGUCCGGCCUCGCUCGGCUUUCAAAUGCUCCUGCAGAUUCGCCAACUGCGAUCCCCCCCGCCAGUGCUGCUCAACUUCCAGACCGAUCUGUCCGCCUACUCGGAGAUCAUGCUUCCGACCCCGCUGGAUCAGUUUGGCGUCUGGCUGUUGGCCACCGUCCAGGGAUUCUUGUUUCGGACGCGCGCCGUCCGUACCAUCUUCUACCCAUGCUCCGCCAUUCGAGGCUACCUGGAACGCGCCGGUGCCCCCGUCGACCGAUUCGUCCAGCUGGGUCGCGGCGUCGAUACCGUUUUAUUUACCCCCACGCAUCGGGACGAGGCCUAUCGCCGAGAGAUCGCCCCGGGUGGAGAAAUCAUUCUCAUCUGCGUCUGUCGCAUUGCCCCGGAGAAAGGAUUCGAGUUUCUCGCCCAGGUCGCGACCCGCUUGGCCGCGGACAAGGUGCCGUUCAAGCUGUUGAUCGUGGGAGGGAACCGCAACCCCGCGGUGGAAAACAAGGUCAAACGGUUGUUUGACGCGGUCCGGAAUCAUGUCGUCUUCACCGGGUUCCUGACGGGAGUGGCGCUGGCUCGGGCCUACGCCUCGGCCGAUCUGUUCUUGCACUGCUCGAUUACCGAGACCUUUGGGCUGGUCGUCCUGGAAGCCAUGGCGAGUGGACUUCCCGUGAUUGCGCGCGAUCAGGGCGGGCCCUCUGACAUUAUCCGUCAUGAUCAGACCGGGUAUCUGGUUGCACCACAUGACCUGGAUCGAUUCACCGAGUUGACGCGGGAAGUCGCACAAGACUCGGCCCGACGGGAGAGACUCGCGACGGCUGCCCGAGAGUAUGCUGAUGAUACCACCUGGGAGAAGAUCAACCGUCGAGCGGCGUGGCAGAUUGCCGAUGCGUUGACGCAUACUGAUCAAGAGUCGCACGGGCCACGGACACCGCUUCGACCGGGGAUCAUGGGCUCGACCAUGGAGCAGGUUCGUCUCGCGUUUGCAGUGGGCAUCGUCUAUGUGAUGUGGUUGAUUGCGGUGGUCCCGUUGAUCGUCCACGGACAUCGCUUUAUCCCUCGGGCAUGGCAGGCACUGCGAGAUCAAUUCCAAUGUACUCGACCGCUCCGCAACUGA